AUGAAAGUUAAUUGCCAUUUACCAAAUAAUGAAAAUCAAACCGUAGAGUUUGAUUUAAAUCCAGAAAAAACAUCAAUCCAUGACCUCAAGAGCCUAAUUUUUGAUAAAACCGGAACUCCAAUUCAUAACCAAAUUAUUGAAAUGGACAAAAAGAAAUUAACAACAAAGUAUGACAAAAAGAAAUUAUCAAACUUUAAAGUUUCUGAAAAUUCCGAUAUUAGAAUGAUGUAUGACCUUGAAGGUGGUUGUGGAGGAGGUUGCGACAUAUGUUAUAAAAAAGCUUUUUUUUUAUUUUUUUUUUUUUUUUAA